UGGGCCCUGCCAUAGUUGGACCCUGAUAAACAUGGUUCCUCACUGGAUGCAGUGAAUAAAUAAGCUGCAGAUUGCAGGGCACCAUGUGCCUUACAGUUGUCUUUUUCAUUAUCCUUAUAACCCUCUUCCAGCUGAUGUUCAGAAAAAGUAUGGGUAAAGUAGAAUCCAUGAAUUUCCUCCUUCAACUUCAAACAGCCAAUGGUGAAGAGUCAAAGCCAGAGUCAGGAGCUUAAGCUUGAAUGAUUAUUGAAGGAUGCAGAUGCUUAAUCUAAACAUCCUCAGGUUCUUCUUCAACAAGUGCCUUCUUCUUGUUCUUCUUCUUCUCUCUGUCGCUGUGUUGAGUUGCUUUAGACCAGCAACAGGUGCUCAGCUGCCUGCCUAUGAAUUGGAUGCUCUAAGUGAAAUUGCUUCACAAUUGGGAAAAAAGGAUUGGAAUUUCAGUCUCAACCCUUGUGAUGGGAACUCCAACUGGUCAACACCAAUAAUAACAGAGAUGCCAUUAUAUGUCAAUAAUGUCAGCUGCAAUUGCUCCUAUCCUAAUGGUGAAUGCCACGUGGUUAACAUAUCUCUCAAAGGGCAGGAUCUUUCUGGUGUCCUUCCACCAUCCCUGGUGAAACUACCUUACCUUGAGAUGAUUGAUCUGACUAGGAACUACCUUAGUGGUGACAUACCUCCUCAAUGGGCUUCUACAAAGUUAGAAAUUCUAUCCAUUUCUAUGAACCGAUUCUCAGGACCAAUCCCAAAAUUCUUUGGGAACAUUACCACUCUUAAGUACUUGGGUUUUGAGGGCAAUCUUUUUUCUGGAACUGUACCCCCCGAGCUUGGGAAACUUGUCAACUUGGAGCAUCUCAUUCUUAAUUCUAACAAUCUCACUGGAGAGUUGCCUCCAACCCUCGCUAACCUGACUAAUUUAAAAGAACUUAGGAUUAGCAGCAACAAUUUCACAGGAAAAAUACCUAGUUUCAUUCAAAAUUGGAAGCAACUUCAGUACUUGGAAAUCCAAGCCAGUGGUUUUGAAGGCCCCAUACCUUCUAGUAUUUCUGUCUUGACUGAUUUAAUUGAACUAAGGAUCAGUGACUUGACUGGAGAGGGCUCCAAAUUUCCACCAAUAAGAAACAUGAAAAGCUUGGAUAAGUUGAUGUUGAGGAGCUGUAAUAUCUCUGGACCCAUCCCAACAUAUCUAGCAGAUAUGACAGAAUUGAGAUUUCUAGACCUCAGCUUCAACAAGUUGGAAGGACAAAUUCCAAAUCUUGACAGUCUAACAAAUGUUGAAGCCAUGUGUCUGACAGGCAACUUGCUUAAUGGAAAUAUUCCAAACGGGAUCAAGAGCAGAGAAAGUCGCUCCCAAAUAGAUCUUUCUUACAAUAACUUCUCUGAGAAAUCUGCACCACCUGCUUGUCGAGAUAGCUUGAACUUGUUUAGAAGCUUUUCUGGGGGGAAAAACUUAGAACUUGGUGGGUGCCUGAAAAGCUAUCCUUGUUCAAAAGAUCGAUAUUCAUUGCAUAUAAAUUGUGGGGGAGCGGAAACAACCAUCGGAAACAUUGUUUAUCAAGGGGAUGAAUAUGAAGGAGGUGCUGCAAAGUUUCAUCCCAUGAGUGAUAAUUGGGGGUUUAGUAGCACUGGACACUUCUGGGACCAUAGCAUCUCCAUAAACGAUUAUAUAGCACAAAAUGUAUCUGUACUCAGAAUGAACAACUCUGGGUUAUACACCAGAGCACGCCUUUCUCCUCUAUCUCUCACUUAUUAUGGACGCUGCUUAGCGAAUGGGAACUAUACAGUGAAGCUUCACUUUGCAGAAAUAAUUUUUAGAAGCAAUAGAUCUUUCUAUAGUCUGGGAAGACGGAUUUUUGAUGUUUAUAUACAGGACAAGCUGGAAUUGAAGGAUUUUGAUAUUGAACAUGCUGCAAGAGGAGUCGAUAAGACAAUUGUAAAAGAAUUUAAAGCAGUUGUUAGAAAUAAAACUUUAGAAAUCCAUUUUUAUUGGGCUGGGAAGGGGACAACAGCUUUGCCAUCAAGAGGAACUUAUGGUCCUCUCAUAUCAGCUAUUUCUGUAGAAUCCGACUUCAAGCCUCCUUCUCAUGGCAACAAGAAGACACUCAUUGGAGCUCUAGGUUUGCUGUUGAUCCUCAUUUUCACAGUUUUAGGCAUUAUUUGGUGGAAAUGCUACUUCAAAGGCAAAUCCCCAAUCGAAGAGUUGAGAGGAUUAGAUCUGCAGACUGGCUUUUUUACUUUGCGACAAAUUAAAGCUGCUACUAACAACUUUGAUGCUGCAAACAAGCUUGGGGAAGGAGGUUUUGGAUCUGUAUACAAGGGUACAUUGUUAGAUGGUACCAUAAUUGCAGUGAAGCAACUUUCUUCCAAAUCGAAGCAAGGAAAUCGUGAAUUUGUGAAUGAGAUAGGAAUGAUAUCUGGUUUACAACACCCGAAUCUUGUGAGAUUAUAUGGAUGCUGUAUUGAAGCAAAUCAACUAUUGUUGGUAUAUGAAUACAUGGAGAACAAUAGCCUUGCCCGUGCUUUAUUUGGUAGAGAGGAAUUCCAAUUGAAAUUGGACUGGCCCACCAGACAGAGGAUUUGUGUUGGCAUAGCAAGAGGUUUGGCUUUCCUGCACGAGGAAUCAGCAUUGAAAAUUGUUCAUAGGGACAUCAAAACAAACAAUGUACUUCUCGAUAGGGACCUUAACCCUAAGAUAUCUGACUUUGGUUUGGCCAAGCUUGAUGAAGAAGAGAACACCCACAUUAGCACCAGAGUUGCUGGAACUAUAGGAUAUAUGGCACCAGAGUAUGCGCUAUGGGGUUAUUUAACCUAUAAAGCAAAUGUUUACAGCUUUGGAGUCGUAGCAUUGGAAAUUGUUGCUGGGAAGAACAACAUGAAAUAUAGACCAAACGAGGACUAUUUUUCUCUUUUAGAUUGGGCCUUUUUUCUACAACAAAAAGGAAAUCUGAUGGAGUUGGUGGAUCCAAAGUUGGAGUCUGAUUUCAACAAGGAAGAGGUCUUAAGAAUGAUUAAAAUAUCUCUAUUAUGCACCAAUCCAUCCCCGGCACUUAGGCCUACCAUGUCUGCAGUGGUGAAUAUGCUUGAAGGUCGGACUCCUGUUCAGGAAUUCCCCUUGAAUCCAAUUAUUUUUGGUGAUGAAGCCCUCAGAAGCCAGUAUAGUCAGAUGCAUUUCCACAGAUCACGUGAAACUGAGACCAUCAAGCAUUCAUCUGAUUCAACAGGCAUUGGAUCUCCCUCUACAUCAACGCGUGAUCUCCAUCAAAUCAAUCCUGACUCAUUAAUGUAUUUUCCAUACGUGUUCAGCAGGCAGACAGGAGGAGGAGAUAUCACUGACAAAUCCUUACUCCAAAAUAUGCUGCAGUGGCGUCUUCUUCGUCUCUCUUUGAUUACCAUGUGUUUCUUGUGCCCACUGACAUCUGCUCUGCUGGAUCGCCAAGAAUUGGUUGCUCUGGCUAAAAUCGUAAGAACAAUGGGCGCCACCUUAAACUCAAGCGUUGAUCCUUGCGAAUCCAAAACCCUCGUCAUCUCUGAUUCCAAACCAGGCCUGGACCAGAACACAGUUCUGUGCAAUUGCCACCCCAAUUCCUCAACUUGUCACAUCACAAUCCUAGUCCUCAGAAUGUACAGUCUUCCUGGAACGCUUCCACCGCAAUUGGUCGAUCUUCCUUAUCUCGAGGAACUUGACCUUACUCGAAACUACCUUGAAGGCACGCUUCCAAAAGAAUGGGCUACAAUGAAGUUUCUGCGUUCUAUUUCACUUGCAGCGAAUCGCAUAACAGGGGAAAUCCCUAGGGAAUGGGGGAGUUUUACAAAUCUCACUAGCUUGAGCCUUGAAGCUAACCGGUUGUCUGGAAAUAUUCCUGCGGAGCUUGGGAAUUUGGUCAGCUUAACAGUGCUAAUACUUUCAUCCAAUAAGUUUGUUGGAAACUUGCCAGAAAAACUUGCUGCGAUGAAAAACUUGACCGAUUUUAGGAUAAGUGGUAACAACUUUAGUGGAAGCAUACCUCAAUUCAUUGGCAGCUGGACUCGACUCAAAAGGCUAGAACUAUAUGCAACUGGACUGGAAGGACCCAUCCCCGAUGGCAUUUUUCAUUUGGAAGCUUUGAAUGACCUGAGGAUCACUGAUAUGAAUGGGGCAAACCUUUUUCCUAAAUAUCUGCCUCACAAGGACUACAUGAAAAACUUGGUUUUGAGAAAUGUGAAUAUGUCUGGAAGUAUCCCACCUACUAUUUGGGAAAUGAAGAAACUGAGUGUGCUUGAUGUCAGCUUGAACAGAUUGGAAGGGAAUUUCCCAAGCAGUCCACAACAUAUACCAGAAUUCACCUUUUUGGGUGGCAACAUGCUAUCUGGAACUGUAUCGGGCUCAAUCUUAGAUGGAGAUAAAUAUAUUGAUCUUUCUUAUAAUAAUGUUACUUGGCCAUGUCAAAAGAACACUGUAAACAUAAAUUUCUAUGGGUGCUCGUCUCAGACUGCCUCAAGUGGAAUUCAUCAAUGCCCAAGGAAACCUAACUGCAAAAAUAAGUAUCACUCAUUCCAUAUAAACUGUGGGGGAGAAAAUGUAACCAUUACGGAUAAUUCUGGGAAAUUCUCCUAUGACGGAGAUGAUUAUGUAGGAAGUGCAUCAACAAAUUAUGUCAGUGGCUCAAAUUGGGGAUAUAGCAGCACAGGCGUCUACAUGGAUAAUGAAAAGAAAGCUCCCAUGUUUACCAUAUCUAACUCCUCUAAGCUUUCAAUGGAUUGCUCAGAGUUAUAUAUGACGGCACGUAGAGCUCCCACCUCCCUCAUCUAUUAUGGAUUUUGUCUAGAAAAUGGGGAAUACACUGUGAGACUCCACUUUGCAGAGAUAGAAAUUACAGAUAAUGAAGCGUAUCAUAGUCUUGGACAGCGCAUAUUUGACAUUUAUAUUCAGGGGAAGUUAGAAUGGAAGGAUUUCAAUAUCAUGGAAGAAGCAAACGGAACUGGUAAACCAGUCACAAAACAAAUUAAUGUUGCUGUGACUGAUAAUACGCUAGAGAUCCGCUUGUAUUGGGCAGGGAAAGGGACUACAUCCAUUCCUAAGAAAGGAACAUAUGGUCCUCUUAUAUCUGCUAUUUCUGCAUGUCACAGUUCUGAACCUUGUGCAGAAAGUCCCCUCUUGGUGAGCACAAAAGCAAGCAAGAAGAGAAAAUUUUCCAUCAUUGUUGGAGCUGUCACUUCACUGUUAUGCCUGAUUUUAUUUGUUCUGGGUGUCCUUUGUUGGCGACACUAUUUGGGUGACAAAAACACAAGGGAAAGAGAACUUAGAGGGCUGGAUCUGCAAAUAGGUUCCUUUACUUUGAGACAAAUAAAAGCUGCGACGAACAACUUUGAUUCUGCAAACAAGAUUGGAGAAGGUGGUUUUGGAUCUGUAUUCAAGGGUCAACUAUCAGAUGGCACUCUUAUUGCAGUGAAGCAGCUCUCUUCUAAGUCAAGGCAAGGCUACCGUGAAUUUGUGAAUGAGAUUGGCUUGAUUUCUGCUUUGCAACACCCAAAUCUUGUGAAGCUUUAUGGAUGCUGUACUGAAGGAAACCAAUUACUGCUGGUGUAUGAGUACAUGGAAAAUAAUUCUCUUGCUUAUGCUCUUUUUGACAAAAAUGAUGCAAAAACAAGUGCUUUAAAACUGGACUGGGCAACAAGACAAAAGAUAUGUGUUGGGAUAGCCAGAGGCAUAGCAUUUCUCCAGGAAGAAUCAACUCUCAAGAUUGUUCACAGGGAUAUCAAAGCUACAAAUGUACUGCUUGAUGAGGAUCUAAAUGCUAAGAUAUCAGACUUUGGAUUAGCUAGGCUUAAUGGAGAGGAGAGCACCCACAUUAGCACUCGAGUUGCUGGAACCAUAGGAUACAUGGCUCCUGAAUAUGCACUCUGGGGAUAUCUGACAAAUAAGGCAGACAUUUACAGCUUUGGGGUGGUUGCUUUAGAAAUUGUCAGUGGGAAGAGCAACACUAGUUACAAGCCAGAAAACGAAUGUGUUUGUCUUCUUGAUUUGGCCUUUGUUUUGCAACAAAGAGGUAGCUUAAUGGAGAUAGUAGAUCCAAAGUUAGGGUCUGAAUUCAACCAGGAUGAGGCUGAAAGGAUGAUUAAAGUAGCUCUCUUGUGCACCAAUGCAUCUCCUACACUAAGGCCUACUAUGUCAGCAGUGGUAAGCAUGCUUGAAGGACAAACUGUUGUUCAGGAUGUGAUUUCAGAUCCUGGCAUCUACAAUGAUGAUUUGAGAUUUAGAUCCCUCAGAGACCAACAGCAACAGAUGCAAAAUCAGAGUUUAAGUAGAAGCCAGCCUCCUAAUCUGCCAUCAGAUGGAAUAUAGAUUGGUGGUUCUUCCUCCAGAGUUGAGGCUUGAAGUUUCUUCCAUGCAUGUGAUACAAUUGAGGUUUGGAUUUUCAAUGGCUUGGACAUAUUUUAAGUAUUGCUCAAUAUUUCUUUUGUCUGUUGGGAAUUCAUCAUGUACAAGAAGAAGCAAUAUUUUUCGAACUUUCAUACUAAACUAUUUUUUAAGUUGUAAGUUCUUUGAAGAAAAUUAGUUAAAUAAUCAUGUAACCACAACUCCUUGGCUAUGUACAAUACUGAGUGAGUGCAAAUAAGGUAUCGACUAUGAGAUGUUGAAAUGA